AUGGUGUGGAUGUUUUUACAGAACAAGAAUUCCCUUCUCCAUAAAAUCCUCUUCAAAAACUUUGGAGCCAAAAUGUGGGAUGAAAGCGCAAAGAGAGGUGCAUCUACUGCUUGGAAAAUUAUUAAAGAGGGCAUUGAUUAUCUGAAACCAAUUGUUAGAUGGCAGGUUAACAAUGGUAAUAGUAUCAAUAUCAAUGCUGAUAAUUGGAUAUUAGAUAGAAGCCUCAAGAGAUGGCCGGCAACAUGUAAUACGGUGGACAUUGACGACAAGAAGGUUUCUUUUCUUAUGGAUGAAGAUGGUAAUAGAAAUUCAGAAAAACUAACUGAAUUCUUUUUUGGAGAUAUGGUAAAGAUCAUACAACAAAUGGAGAAGGGGGCGAAUAAUAUAGAGGAUAGAAUGGAGCUUGUUCAUACCAAUACAGGUAAAACUAUAUCAACAUUAUGUGCUGAAGCUAUCAAUUUUCAAAGAGAUAGUAACUAUAAUAAGUAUAAUUGGCUGAAGAAGUUAAAAUUGGACCAGAAAGUAUUCCUAUUCUGGUGGAGAGUGUUGAAUGGUGCUUUACCAAUGAAGGAGUGGUUAAGUUACAGAAGAUUGGCUAAUUCUAAUGAUUGUCUGAGAGGUUGUCAUGAGAAUGAAGACACAGAACAUGUUAUCAUAAAAUGCAGCAUGCUGAAGGUAUUAUUACAAAAAUUAAGAAGCUGCGGGUUCAAUGUUCCUGCAUUUCAAAAUCUGGAUGAAUGUACUACUGCACUAAAACAGGCAGCUGAUAAGGGUCUUGUGAAGAUCUAUGCUUUUGCAGUUUACCAUAGUUGGAGAUCAAGGAAUAUGGUCAAGCACGAUAAUUCUGAAAUUCUUAUAGCAUAUGCUGUUGCAGAAAUUAUUUCAUAUACUUCGCACCAUCAGUCAAAUCCAAUUGAAAAGACCUGGAACACCAACCAGCCAAUGCUGUCUAAAUCUUGGUGUCCCCCUCCCCACGGUUGGAUUAAACUGAAUGUUGAUGAUGCUCUAUCUGUUAAAAACAUGGCGGGUAUAGCUGUUGUUCUAAGAGAUUGCAAAGGUCAUAUCAAGAAUGUUCUCCCCUCUCUUAUUCUUUGGUUUUUACGGUUUGAAAGGAAUAAUUCUUGCUUAAUGGUGCAGCUAUGGGAGCAUGUGGUUUUUGCUUUUGUUACUGCUAUGUCCUUGGAGUGUGAUGUUGUUCCUCAGCAUUUUGUUGGUAUUCUGGAGGGUUUUUGGUUUUUUGGUGGUUGGCCUUCUCAGGAGGAUUUUGGAGCUGGUUUUUGUCUUUUUGACCUGUAUGGUUUUUUAGGUGCUCAUUCUUGUGCAACAUAG